AUGGACGGCGAUGAUGGACAAACAAGCAGGAGAAGCCGUGGCGACCUGUCGUCACUCACUGACAGCUCCACUUCGCACUGUUCGUACUCGUACUACGAGCGUGCAGUAGGCGAAGUGAGUGAUGGACAGCCCACGUCUUUGCGUCUUUUGGAGAGUUCCCAGUUGCCAGGUGGGCAGACGGGAAUUCAUCGCUACGACAACGCACAGAUCGCUAGCACUGACACUCCGGAGAGCAUGAAUACUGAAGCAGUGCUGCCCGUUCCGUCUGGGUAUUGGUCCGUACUCGCUGUGCUGGAAGGACGCAACGGCCACUCUACCAGCGCGUGGCUACGCGACAAUAUCGUCAUUGCGGUCUCAGGCGCUCUGGCUGACCUCUACUCACGACUGUACGAAGCCAGUGCGUCGCGAGACCGCCCGCCUACUCCUUCUCCCGGUGACAUCGAUCAAACACUCAAAGAUACUUUCAAGUGCCUUGACCGAGACAUCGUAUAUGGCUCAGUCGACAGGGCCCUCUUCGACCCCGCACCCAGCGCUGGAGUUGACAUGCUAGCUCCUGCCCACUCAGGAUCAUCCGCGCUACUCAGCUUCUACGACUCUUACAGCAGGAAUCUUCACAUCGCACUGACAGGCGACUCGCGCGCUGUCCUCGGCCGACGCACGCGCAACAAAGACGGCGAGGUGGUCUAUCAGGUUCGCGUCCUGUCCGUAGAACAAGACAGCAGCAAUCUCGCCGAAGAGUACCGUCUCAACGCGCGUCAUCCAGGAGAGGCAGUCGUGUACAAUGGCCGCGUCCUGAGCGGAGGCCCCACGCGCUCCUUUGGUGAUGCCAUGUACAAGUGGGACGGAGACACUCGCAGGCGAAUGCAAGAAGCAUCCAUCGGCGGGCCGACUCCUCCCGACGUCAAAACGCCUCCGUAUCUCACUGCAGAGCCGGAGGUGACCUCUACGACUGUGCAGCCAGGCGACUUCCUCAUCAUGGGUACGCGCGGGAUGUGGGAUCGUCUGACGAGCGAGGAAGCAGUGGGCUUGGUUGGUAUGUGGCUUGACGAGCAGUGGCGCCAACGAGGUGGAAGCGGAAGAAAACACGUAGCGUCUCCGAAUGACUUCCUGGUGGCACCGCUGGUGGAUGGCGCACGGUCAUACCGGAGCGAGGACCGGAACGUGGCGACACACUUGCUGCGCAAUGCUCUGAACAGGGGCACAGGUUCCGAAGCCAUCGCAGGACAAGGACCCAGCAUGACAAAGUGCGUGCAUCUACGCAUGCUUACAACUUGUCCUGACGCCGUCCACAGAAGCAGUGUCACGGCCACUGUCGUCUUCUUUGCGGAAGAUCAGUCUCCGUGA